AUGGACGAGAAAAAAGUCGAACAGACUUCGGUCUCCCCCACCCUCACUGAACCACCCCCCGUCUAUGGCUCAGAGAUUCCCCGAGGAACCUGGAGUCAGCGAUUCAUUGACAGCUUCAAACAAGACCCCAAUACUGCGGUGAUCCAUGGUCGCGAAGCUGGAGCUGAUGGCUCCGGCUUCGAUAUGGAGGCUGCAGCUGAGAACACUGCUAGGUCUCCCCUUCAGCGUCGUUUGAAAGGCCGCCAUCUGCAGAUGAUUGCCAUCGGUGGUUCCAUUGGCUCCGGUCUGUUUGUCGGUUCUGGAGCUGUGCUGAGCACCGGUGGCCCGGCAGCCUUGCUCAUUGCUUACUGUCUUAUCGGAAUCAUGCUGUUCUGUACCGUCCACGCUCUGGGCGAGCUGGCCGUGGUCUUCCCCGUCGCCGGAUCCUUUUCCCACUACUCGACUCGUUUCAUUGACCCUGCUUGGGGCUUUGCUAUGGGCUGGAACUACGCGAUGCAAUGGCUGGUAGUUCUACCGUUAGAAAUCGUUGCGGCCUCAAUUACGAUUGGUUAUUGGCACCCCCACGUUUCAAAUGCUGUUUGGGUUACGAUUUUCUGGCUCGUGAUUGUUGCUAUUAAUCUGUUCGGUGUGAAAGGAUACGGUGAAGCCGAAUUUGUGUUUGCUAUCAUCAAAGUCACUGCAGUCAUUGGUUUCAUUAUCCUCGGGAUCAUCCUCGACUGCGGCGGUGGCCCACAAGGUGGUUACAUUGGUGGCAAGUUCUGGCAUGAUCCUGGUGCAUUCCACAAUGGGUUCAAGGGUGUCUGCAGUGUGUUCGUCAACGCCGCCUUCGCCUUUGCGGGAACAGAGCUGGUUGGAUUGGCUGCUGCUGAGACUGCGAACCCCCGCAAGUCUCUCCCUUCGGCCAUCAAGCAAGUCUUCUGGCGUAUCGCUCUCUUCUACGUGGUAUCCCUGCUUCUUGUCGGUCUCCUUGUCCCAUAUAAUACCCCUCAACUUUUGAACGCCUCCUCCAGUGCUCCAGAUGCCAACACCUCCCCUUUCGUCAUUGCCAUCAAAAAUGCAGGUAUCUCUGGCCUUCCCUCGGUCAUGAACGUCGUUAUUAUGAUCUCAGUCCUGUCUGUUGGAAACUCCUCCAUCUACGGAUCUUCUCGUACUCUUGCUGCCCUCGCCGACCAGGGCCAGGCGCCUCGCUUCUUGGCCUACAUUGACCGCAAGGGUCGUCCUAUCUGGGGAAUCUUCGUGGCGUCGGUGCUCGGUCUUCUCUCUUACCUCGCCGUGUCCAGCAAAGAAGGCGAUGUCCUGGGUUGGAUGAUGGCCAUCUCGGGUCUGUCAUCGGUCUUUACUUGGGGAUCAGUCUGCAUGUGCCACAUCCGGUUCCGCCGUGCUUGGUCGCUCCAGGGUCACAGCUUGAAUGAGCUUGCAUUCAAGUCCGCAGUCGGCGUGUGGGGAUCCUGGGUUGGAUUCAUCUUCAAUUGCCUGGUGCUCGUCGCCCAGUUCUGGGUCGGUUUUGCUCCUGUCGGUUAUGCUGAAAUGAGUGCCGGUGAGCUCGUGGAGAGCUUCUUCAACGCGUAUAUCUCUGCCCCUAUCGUGCUUUUGUUCUACAUCCCAUACAAGCUGUGGUUCCGCACCAAGUUCAUUCGUGCCAAGGAUAUGGAUCUUACGACCGGUCGUCGCGAUAUUGAUUUAGCAUAUCUGAUCGAACAGGAGAAGGCCGAGCAGGCUGAGUGGCCCACUUGGAAGAAGAUCUACAAAUUCUUCUGCUAA